CACUGACAGCUACUUUUAAGAAAAGAGCGCUCGGCGCAGAGCAGCGGAGUUUUGGAUUCCUCGCGUAAACAGGAAGAAGAAAGAAGUUCUUCAUUAACAUUCAGCCGAUCUCCAGCAGAACAGCUUGAUCUUCAGAGUCCAGCUGCCAUUCAUCCGCACAGGAAUGGUGGAUCACUUGCCGCUUGGUGAAGAGACCUUCCUGUACUAUACCGGCUCCCCGGGGUCUGACUACAACGGCCCCUGUCGCCACGCCAAUGGUGGUGUGUCGCCGGGCAUCAUGGUAACUGAUGCUUGCUUCUAUGAUCACCACCACCACCCCUAUCAAGGGGUGACACUGUCCUCCUCCCCUCUCCUCUCUGAGGAUGACCUCAGUGACUCCUCCAGCCCUCGUUCCUCCCUUUGCUCCAGCCCGGAGUCCUCGUCGCCAACGUUGCGGCACGUUCUCGACUCCAGCUACGAAAGCAGGAGCAGCAGGAGCAGUGGGAGCUGUAGCUCCUCAGGAGGAGAGAGUCAAGACAGUCUGCUGGACCUCCUCCUCUCACAGGCCUCCCUCACCACCUCAUUAAGCUCUAAUGCUAGCAGCAGCUCACAUUCUUCUCCUUUAUCUUCGACUCUAUCUCUAUCCUCCCCACCCUCUUCUUCCUCUUCAUCUGCCCCUGUUGUACCCAUGGGCCUGGCCUGGGAGUCCAAGAGGGAGCACCGGCUUAGUCUCCUUCAGCAGCAGGCCAAAGAGGACUGUUACGAGUUCCCUGUCUUUCUGGAUGAAAUGCAGGAUCCUGCAGCAAUCCUCUUUCAGCCCACACUGGAGGAGAUUGAGGAGUUCCUGGAGGAGAACAUGGUGGUGGCAAUGGAGAAAGAAGAGGAGGGGAGCGAUGAGGCAAUGUCAACAACGUCAGAGGAUGCAGAGGCGGAAGGUUCAAGGACAUUAGCAGCAGAACUCGUAUCAGUGUCACAGAACAGAGAUCAGACUGUGCCUGUGGCUAAUUCUCCACCCUCCUCCUACACAGAGACCAAACAUACACCAUGUGCAUCUGACAUGGACAGCUCACCAUCAGCAGUGGAUUUUAGUUGUACAACUGGUUCUAGAUCUACCAGUAGUGGAGUUGAUGGGAUCAAACAGGAGGACUGUGGUUCACCACCAGCCUCGUCAGAAGGUACCAGUGCUGCCUCCAGUGUGCCUGUCAUCUUACAAAUCCAGCCCAUACAGAUCAAACAAGAACCCAACCCUAGUGCCAUAUCAGAAGCUGUCACCCAGCAAACCCAACCCCAGCAAACCGAAUCCCAGCCAACCCAGGCCCCAUCGGAUAUAAAAAUCGCCCAACUCCUGGUCAACAUCCAGGGGCAGACCUUUGCCUUGGUGCCUCAGCUGCUUUCCCCAGCAAACAUUACUGGCACCAAUAAAACCGGAAGCAUUGCUUCAUCCAAAUUUGUCCGGAUCGCACCAGUGCCCAUUGCGGCAAAACCCAUUGGGCUCGGGGAAGGUGGGUUAGGUGGAGGUUCAGCUGCAGGGGUCCUUGCUGGAGGUCAGAGGUAUCAGAAGAGUGCAGUAGCAGACCUUAUUAAAAUGCACAAGUGCUCUUUUCCUGGCUGCAAUAAGAUGUACACCAAGAGCAGCCACCUAAAAGCCCAUCUGAGGAGGCACACGGGGGAGAAGCCCUUCGCUUGCACAUGGCCCGGCUGUGGAUGGAGGUUCUCCCGGUCUGACGAGCUGUCCCGACACCGCCGCUCCCACUCUGGAGUAAAACCAUACCAGUGCAUCGUCUGCGAGAAGAAGUUUGCCCGCAGCGAUCACCUGUCGAAACACCUCAAAGUCCACCGCUUUCCACGAAGCAGCAGGACAGGACGCUCUGCAAACUGACCCCUCUGACCCCACUCUGAUGGACUGACGUUAAAAAGCAGAGGGGAGGGGGCUGUGUGCGUGUAUUUGUGUGUGAUGGAAGACAUAGGAGGGGGGCGAAAGUCCAAACACCUUCUAAAGGAGUCUGUGCAGGACUUUUGAGCUUGUGUGUGUGUUUAUGUUCAAAUAUGUACGCGUGACGUACGUUCAUGGUACUGUGAUAAUUUAUUGGGUGGCGAGGAAAAGACUGUAAAAACUAAACUAAAACAGAAAACUGUUACUUGACACAACACCCUCACAGGUGGAAUAAGCUUCUUGUAUAUUACUUUUUUUUUUGUCUCACUCACAUCUUUUAGCUAAUCUAAUUUGAAGAAAUAUUUGCUAUUCAGAGUAUUUUUACACUUUGAGGUGUAUGUUAUUAUUAUUGCUGGAGUCAAAAGCCUUACAUCAGUAAAAGCUGCAUCACUAAGGGGUCUGCUAUUAUUUAAAAACCCCAGUUUUUUUACCUUCAUAGAGCCAAAUGUUAAAAGUAAUAUUAACAAAAACACACUGCUUAAUGGCUUAAAUUUAAUAGAAUUUUGAACAGCAAGAGCCUACUUGGGAACUGUCGGGGCCUUGGUUUAAUUAUCGGCAAACAUUCCUUUAGCUCUGAAUAAGUGUCUUUGAAAAAACACAAUAACAAAGCUCAAGUUCAUGUUGAAUUACUGCCCUCAAACAAAGAUCAUGUCACUAUGUAAUUUGCACUGGCACACAAUAAUUUCUGGUCGUCUCCCAAUUCAAAGUAUUUGGAGUAUUUUGUGUAGUUGGUCUUACUUGUUUCACUGUUCUCUAACACCCUUUUGUCUCAUCUGUACGAUAGACAGUUUAUCAGAAUAUUUGUCAUAUACAAUAUUUGCCAUAUGGCCUUUUUGGAUCAAAACCAACUGAGGGUAUAGCUAGAUGCAAGGAUUACCCACAAAAUACUUCAAGUCAAGGAUGAAAGCAAGUAUUUAGAGAAGCAUGUCUGUUCUUCAGCUCUUGAUAUAACACAGCAUUUUUUUUUUUGGCAUCCUGAUCUUAUGUGAUGCCACAUCUUUAAUUUAUUUAUGCCACUUUAUUUACUUCAUGUCACUGCUGUGAAAAAAUAAGUAGUAUAAUACAAGAUGGUAAAUUCACAUCACUAAGAGUUGCAAGGAAAGGCUGGUCUUGAACAUAUCAAAUCUCUUGCCUCCUCUCCUGCCAGAUCAAGUUUUUUUCCCCCUUUUCUUUCCACUGAUUCAGUUGAAUACAAAUUAAGUUCUACAUAUCAAAUGAAAUGAAAAAAAAAUACAUAUCAAAUUUCAGUGAUUUUUUGGUACAAUUUAUUGAGACUGGAAUUGUGCGCCGUUGCAAAAUCAAAUAAAGAAUUCGCCCCAGACCGAGUGUAUUGCAUUUAGUAUUUUAUUGCUUAGGAAUUCAACUUUUCAUUUGUUAAGGGAUGGAUGUGCUAUAGCCUCUUUCAAAAGUUACAUAGACUCGCUUUAAUAUAAGGAAUAUUUUGUUCCUAUAUCUUAAAGAGUCAUCAAGUAAACUAUGGCUCUGUUAGCUCCUCUUGAAGCCUCUUCUCUUCCCAAAUCAAGUUUGUUUGUCGUCUUGCUUCCAAAAAUGUAUUUCAUUAAAAUAAAAAUGAAAUGAUUUGCAUAUCAAAUUCAAAAUCAAAAUACACUUGGUGCCCAUUUGUUGAGACUGGAAAUGUGUUCCAUCACAGCACAUACAAAACUUCUAGGGAAUCUUUAUGCUCCAUUUAAGGCUAAUAGAAAAUCAAAGAGCAUUUAUGGAACACUACUAUCUGUCCCUGGUCUUGAACAUAUCAAAUCUCUUGCCAUAAAGUGAGAUGCCUUUGUCUUGUACUGUAAGGGAACAGUGACUGUUUUGCUAUUUUGUCAUAUUACAUGUAUCUGUAUACAUUGCUUUAGUGUGUGUCAUUCUGCAUCUGAGUUAAACCAAAUGAGUCAUGGGAGGGACACAAAAUGCAAACUGCACAGAGUCCAGAGAUGGUUACCUGUGCCAUAAAGUCGAGGAUCAGCUAUUGAAAUAGUUUGAAUUACAGAAUGUUAAAGUUUGAACUGGAACUGAGUUGUUUUUUUGGAAGUGUUUGAUUUGCUGAAACCUGCAACGAUCGACUAACCUUUUGAGUGUUCGGCACACAGCGCCUGAACGAUAUGCUGUACAGAGGAAGUGUGUAAUCUGCGUCAGGCAUUCCUUCCAUACAAUCAGAAGAAAUGCUUUUCUGAAUGGGUGUCAUAUGCGAGCCCACGAAUGUAUGUAAAUACUGUAUAUGCAUCUGAGAGGAGAACUUUAAUAUUCUUCUAGUGAUUUCUGUGAUUGUGAAAGAUUUUUCUAAAAAUGUGUACAUAACAUGAUAAUUCAAAUAUGUAGUGAAAAAUGUGGUGACUUACUUUUUUUGUCAGGUUUUUACACAACACAUUAUUCAGAGGCUCAUCAAAAGUUUCAUACUACAUCCAUGGAUCGGAAUUUAUAAUACAUUUCCCCCCAUGCAUUUUCUUGACUUGCACACCCACUUUGUCAGGUGCAAAUUGCAAUAUAGCAUAAAUGUAUUAUGAAACGUGAUGAGUAUGUUAUGUGCUCUGUAAACACGUUACAAAGAAAGAGUUGCUUAAAAUCUUAUAUUUUUGCUUUUGUUCUUACGUAAAACACAUUUACAAUAAAAAUCCCAAAACCAAA